CAUUAAAAUUUAAGCAUUAAAUUAUUAUAAUUAAAAUUUAAAACUUCAGAAAUUGAAUCACAAACAUUACUUGCUAGGUAAACUGUCAUUUUAUCCCACCAGGCACCAGGAGAGAGGGACGCGGAUCACGGUCCGUUCCACGGCCAGGAUAAAUUUGACAGCAAGCCAACGCUUCUGCAACUGAGUAGAAGAAUUAUCCGUCGUUCUUGCAUCUUCGCCAUGGCCGACAAGGAAGGCGAUCACGUACCUGCAGAAGAAACCCCAAUGCCAGAAUCCGAUCAAAAUCAACCAGAGCAACCGCAUCAUCAUCAAGAAGAUCAGGCGCAGCCACCUCCUCCAGAAGAGAUCAAGAAACCAGAGAAGACGGCCAGCAACAUCUCAUUCAACAUUUGGCCUCCCAGCCAGCGCACUCGAGACGCCGUGAUCAACCGCCUCGUCGAGACCCUCUCCACCCCCUCCGUUCUUUCCAAGCGCUACGGCUCCGUGCCCCAGGACGAGGCCGCCUCCGUCGCCCGCGUCAUCGAGCAGGACUCCUUCUCUGCCGCGUCCGACGCCGCCACGUCUACCGCCGGAGAUGACGGCAUCGAGAUCCUCCAGGUUUAUUCCAAGGAGAUCAGCAAGCUCAUGCUCGACGCCAUCAAAGCGCGAUCUGCCGCUUCUUCCGGCUCUACUUCAGAUCACGAUGCAUCAUCACAUGCUCCUCCCGUGGCUGCCCCUGCCGCGAGGGAGGAAAUCUCAUCAGUCGAAUCCGAGUCUUGAUCUUCCCGACAUUUAGCUUCUUUCUCAUAUGUUAGGGUAUCAUAUUGCAUGUUCUUAAAGGUUUUGCGACAAAAAUAAUUAUUUUUAAUGAGAUAUUGCAAUAAAUGGAGAACCUGCUGAAUAGGUAGGUUUCCUUUUCUAUUCACAAUAAAUGCUAUGUAUGAUACAUGAUGUUUAUUCCCUAAUUAACAUGCUAACACGUAACCCUCCCCCUCAGGCUGGGGCAUAUAUAUAUAUAUAUAUAUAUAUCAUAUGCCCCGGGCUUGUUACUGAUGAAUUUGGCACGGAGUAAUACAGGGAUUAAUAUUGUGGUGGUUGUUUAAGUUUGCAAACAAACUGCAAAAUAAUAAGGCUUGUGGAUGCAGUUAUGGAA